CGCAUUUUGUUUGUACACAAUUCGUGCAGACUUUCCCGUUCCAGUAUGCUGCGUGGCGGAGUGUUGACCGUAUACUGAGCAGCAAGUGACGCCUCUCAAAGAUGACACCUCUGUGGUGGUACCUAACGGUGCUCGUGCUGGGCACAUGGUGUCCGAGCUGUGCCAUCGACAUCCGCCCUGUGCUGGAGGAUACAUCUGCGGUGGGCAACCGCACCUUCGGCCAGCGCCACACCGACAACUCCUCCCGGGAAUCCCAGGACCAGUUGGAGGAGAACGUCGUGGAGUUGUGGCAGAUGUAUGACGAGGGCCUGCGAGGACAGGUGGACAAUCUGCUCCGGCAGGCGCUGCCCUACCUUUUGGAAAUAGGAGAUGUGGGCAUCAACAUACGAUGUGCGCAAGCCUUGCUCAAGAUUGUGUUCGGCCUGCGGAAACUCGACAAGUGGGCAUUUCAAUUGCUGGAUUCCAUUGGCCGUCCGCCCUCCGGAAUCCUGGACGUAACCAUGUCCGACUACGGCGACUACGACCAGUGCCUCCAGGUGGUGUCUCUCUUCGAAAACGGAACUGAAGACUUCCGUGGUCAGCACUGCAAUAUCCAGAUCGAACACCCGAACAUCCCGCAGCUCAACAAGCAUGCCAUAGCCAAGCUACCUCUCAUCCUUAAAGACGACUCGGUUUACAAGGACGUGCUACUAACGUACACGAGACUCCAUGUUCCCAUUGGAGUCCGUGUGGGCAUUUGCGUACCUUCAACCUGCAGCAACGACGAUGUCUUCAAGAUGCUCAAUCCUGCUGCUGCGAAUCUCAAACUGGGAAUACGUGUUGCCGGGUGCGAAACCAAGGAUAUUGUAUCGCUGUCCGAAGAACAACUCGUGGCUAUAUGCCUCUUCGGCCUCCUGGGCACCUUUCUUUUGCUGGGCACCUUGCUGGACGUGGUCCUGAGGACGCUCAAGAGACCCGCUGUAGCGGACAACUUGCGACAAAAUGUGGGCGUCAAAACGCUCUCAACGUUCGGCCUUGUUGGGAACGUGCAAGAGCUACUUUCCGGAAGCGACGUGCAGAGUUCGUUACGUUGCCUGCACGGUCUUCGCGUGCUCACCAUCUCCUGGAUAGUGCUGACGCAGACGUAUUUUAGCCUGGAGUUCCAAGCAGUCCGUGGUUUAAGGUUUCUGAUCUCUUCGGUGGAAUCCAUUCCUUUUCAAGUGGUCGCGAAUGGCUUCCUGGCGGCUGACACGUUUUUCUUUCUCAGUGGACUUCUGCUCGCUCUCAGCGUUCUAAGAAGCAUGGACAAGAAUAAUUUUUUCAAACAGAUCGUUGGAAGAUUCUUGUAUAGAUACCUCAGGUUGACCCCUGGCUGCUUGCUGGCGGUGGCCUUUGUCCUCUUACUUCCCCUACUUGGCUCCGGCCCCAUAUGGAUGGAGAAGAUCACGGGCGAAGUGGAAAGUUGUCGCAAGAAUUGGUGGGCGGUUGCGUUCAACAUCAACAACUUCGUCUACCAAGAUGGCAUGUGUCUUCCUAGUCUGUGGCAUGUAAGCGCCGACUGGCAGCUCCACCUGGCGUUGUUUCUGAUUGUACUGCUGCUGAUAAGGAAACCCGCGUUCGGCGGUAUGGCGGCAUUCGCUUCUGUGGUCAUAUCAGGGGUCAUCGUCGGAGUCCAGACCACCUUGUCGGGGUAUCCUCCCACUAUGCUACCGCUUAGUGCAGACAGGAGUCGGAUCAUGACCAUCGUGCAGGAAGUGGUGAUGAGGCCUUACACCCACGCUGGCCCUUUCACGAUAGGUGUCUGCACUGCUUUCUUGCUGUUCAGAUAUCCACAUGCCAGGUUAAGAACGGUGGUACAGGUGGCGUUCUGGGUGGCGUCGCUCCUCAUGAUGGGCAGCUCGCUGUUCGGUACCUGGCGUUGGAACCGCAGCGCCGAAGCCACUGACCUGGAGGUGCUCAUCUACUCAUCGAUACACAGAUCGGCAUGGGCGUUGGGCCUUUCGUGGAUCGUCUACGCAUGCGCAACACGCAGAGGCGGAUUCCUGAACAGACUUCUGUCCUGGAAAGCCCUGGUACCACUCAGCCGGCUCACAUUCGGAGUUUACUUGGCCCAUCCAAUAGUGCUCUUCUUCCAGAUGUGGACCAUACGUGAAAGGAUAUACGGAAGUCACGUGACUAUGAUAUAUUUAUUUUUGGGUAACAUGGCGUUCAGCUAUGGGAUCGCUGCGGUCUUCUACGUCGCCUUUGAGGCUCCAUUCCGAAAACUUUCCAAGCGUCUUCUCGAAAGCGUCUUAGGUUGCUGCCUGCAAUCAAAAAGUCCCGCGAUUCCAAGCGGGGGCAACAGCGCCAGCAGUAGCAUCAAGAAACCAAUGUGCACCGACAUCUCUAUGGUCAGCGUGGAGGCCAUGAAUGGUGGACCAGUUGAGAAAGUAGGCACGCUCUCCGUCCACCUCUAGGGGAAGAGGAGGAAAACGAAAUGACGUUACAGAGGCUGGCCUUCACCUCUGCGACCGAAGUCGAGGCGCUUCAGGUUGGAAUGGUUCCUCAGAGCGUGCCAAAGCGGCCACAGGUUGACGGAAGCACCGAGCCCAUCUGGAUUGGUUAAAGAUACGUUAUCUAACAACGACAGCCUACUCGAAGACAGCUUUUUGAGCAAGAGCCAAUGCCGAUGCUGCCCUAACGAAUUCACGUUGGACAUAUAGACCGCGUGCUCGUCCUUCAAGACCUCCACUUUGUCGGAACUCCUGGUAUUCAUUGCAGUGCUCCGUUUCGUGGGCAGCUGGAAUGAUAUUGGUAUACUUAAUCACGUGACUUCUCAGGCAUGUCCUUGCUUUCUUGAUAUGAUGAGCAUGGUAUAGAUUUCACGCUGGUAGCCAACGUGCUGUAGCGAGUGUCUCGCCUUUCGCAACUGGCAACACAGGUCUACAGAGGUCUACACAGGUCUACAGAGAGGUCUACACUGGUCUACAGAGACAACGAAAGGCUUCCUUACUACUUUUCUUUUUUUUUUCUAUUGUGCAACCCAGAACUUUCCUCCUCAAUAAGACUAAUGCUGGAAGCUCCUAUACAGGGUUUUUCAAACUUUCUUGAAUGCUGUUAAGAUUGGUACUACGUUUGUGUACCAAGUGCUGUGUGAUAAAUAAGCAGACGUUGCAAUCUAGUGGAACUUACAAUCAUUUAGUGUUAUAGUAACAUGUAUCUUUCGAUCACUGAGUGUUGUCUACGUGUCUCUCAUUUUGUGUUAGUAGCUGUUGUUAGUUUGGCAUCAUCCACUCAGUCAUAGGAGGCUCGACGAAGAGACAUCAAGGGUUCCUUCGCUUACCUAAGCUUGCACUCUUUCUGCCAAGCUCCAUGGAAUCUUAUGUGCUGAGCGCAUCAGAGCUUUUUGCGAGGCUUCCGUGAGAGCCCUCUAGGUGCUGAUCCAGGUCACAUAACAUAAAAGCAGAACCCCUCGCAUCCCCUCAAAAGCUGUCUUGACAUGAAUCUUACAUUCCAAAUAUUCGUCCAUUUGUCAACCAUCGCCAGGAGUGUGCGCGGAUAACAUUGGCAUAUCCGAACGGUGCCCGCGCAUGUAAGACCCUCGUCCGCAUCCGCGCCCACGCGGAUACUGAGCAUGUCGGCACAUCCGCGGUCGUUGUAUCCGCAGGAAACAAAAUCCCUCACGAAAAUGUUGUUACAGACGUUUUCACUUUUCAGAAUACACGCUACUCAGGUACGUUACGUCAUUCGUAUGGAUUUUACGCAUAGAUUAAGUCGGUUAGCGUUUAGAUUAGCUUCCGUGACCGGUGGAUGAAAUAGAACUCUUAGCAUGGUCCUGCGAGAAGGCUAUAUUCGGAAAUGUGAAAAGUACAAUACAUGUACAGGAAAACAUCGUCACAAUAAAAUCUUUUUCUUCUUUA